GACUCUUAUUCUUUGUCUUACGGAAGGUUAUUGACACUGUUAGAAGGCGAAAAAAAGAGAAAGCCAGGUAGACAGGCCAAGGCCGACUAUAGGCCGACCCGGACCUACCUUUUUCAAAUGUUUUCUGGAAAACCUGUUACGUAAAAUCAAUUGGUUCAAACUGUGGGUUAUUCAACCUUUUAAAAGGUAUAAGAAAUGGAACAAAGGUUUCUGGAUAUAAAUAAGAGGCCCACAAGUUUCCGUCGACCCACACUGAACCUUCGUCCUCCAUUCCAUCCGCAACUAUUCCGCUAGCCGGACGAAAAUUCUAUACAUCAGGAUGCAAUCAAGCCUUUUUGGAGCUCUGCUAUUGGCUGUUUUGGUAUUCAACUUUCCAGAAGAUUCAAGGGCCCAGAUUUAUUUGGGUAAAAGUCGUUUCCUGAUGAGUCCUUAUUACUUUUUCCGCACCCAUUGGCCAAUAGUGUCUACUGACGUUCAUCGCCAACACAGCAGCAGCAGCAGUGUGAACUGGUUACGAAACAAACCGAAACCAGUUUUCUGCACACCGGAGAAAACUUUCACGGGAUAUCCGGUCAUUAAACAGCCCAAACAAGCUGAUUACUUAGAUUUAAGACCUAAGGAAGAUGAGAAGCAUCUCAUUUUGAAUCUACACAAUCAACUCCGGCAAAAAGUCGCAUCCGGCAAGGAGAAACGAGGAUCGCCUGGGCCUCAACCGGCAGCUGCUUUCAUGCCCAACUUGAAAUGGGAUAAGAAAUUGGCUGAUUCCGCCUGGGAGUGGGCAAAACACCUGGCCCAAAACCGAAAAUUCGAGACUGGGCCUGAAGGAACUCCUCACGGACAGAAUCUUGGAUUUUCUAUUCUUUAUGGAACAAGUAGCAGAACUUGGGACUGGGUUAUCGAUUACGAGUGGUCCUAUGGAGUAAACCAUAUGAACUGUGGGUCAGUUGAAAACUUUAGGGAUUCUUGGAAGCCGGAUGUGAUGGACAAAAAUGAUACUCAUAUUUCUAAACCUAUCGGUCGUUACACGCAAAUAGUUUGGGCCGGGACCACCCACGUCGGAUGUGCGGCUAUCGGCUACUCGUUUCAUCCGGGCGAACCCGUAAUUUGUUUGGAACAUUCCGGGCUUGUUAGAUUAUUGUACGUCUGUAAUUACAACCCACCCGGUAAUAUUGUUGGUCAAUCGGUCUACAAAGUCGUGUCAUCUUCUAAUCAUAUUUGUCCAAACGAACAUCGCAAAUAGUUAGUGUUGAUAUUCUAACCAGCUAUAAUGUGAUUUGAUUAUAUGCUCAUGUGUGUCGUCCUUGGUCUCGUCAACAAUAAUAACAGUGGUGCCCGAUAUUAUUCCUUCUA